CGCCUCUCCCCGUGCUGGCCUCCGGUGGUGUUGUGGUGUUGUGAACGCGGACUCAAAGGACGCCGAGAUGCCGAUGAAAGGUCGGUUUCCCAUCAGGAGGACCCUGGAGUACCUCCAGAAGGGAGACAUCGUCUUCAAGAACCGAGUGAAGGUCAUGACGGUGAACUACAACACGCACGGAGAGCUCAGCGACGGCGCAAGAAAAUUUGUGUUCUUCAAUAUUCCUCAGAUUCAGUACAAAAACCAGUGGCUCCAAAUAAUGAUGUUCAAGAAUAUGACACCGUCCCCGUUCUUGAAGUUCUACCUGGAUGAUGGGGAGCAAGUUCUGAUGGAUGCGGAAGGGAAGGACCACAAACAAAUUGCACAACAUGUGAAGAUGAUUUUGGGCAAAUCAGAAGAAGUGUUACAAGCCGAGGCUCGAGCCAAGAUGCAGGCCUCCAACCCCGCCAACUUCGGGCCCAAGAAGUACUGCCUGAGGGAGUGCAUCUGCGAGGUGGCGGGCCAGGUGCCGUGUCCCGGCAGCACGCCGCUGCCCAAGGAGAUGACGGGGAAACAUCGAGCCCAGAUGGCGGCGGCGGAGUGAGAAGCCGAGGAGGAGAGCCGAGUACUCUACGUUCACCGGGACCGUGGCGUCAUCAUUUUGUACGAUUGCACUUUUUUUUUUUUUUUUAAAAAGGACUUUGUGCAUUGCAAAAAAAAAGAAGAUGUAUCUGUAGAUACGAGUGACUGGAUGCAUCGUGAGGACGUCGCCGGCUGGACUGAGACCCUCCAUUGAACCCCCGAGCAGCAGGAAACCACCAAUACGCGCACACACACACACACACACAGUGAAGAAUCCUCACAUCCAGCAAAGUGUCAACAAUGUAAAUGCACAAAUAAAAAAUGUAAAUGGA